UGUCCCGGAGCUGUUUUGGUACAGAGACCCAGCGGACCUGGGGACGUCGCAGUAUCAGGUCGUUGAAACGUCGCGCGGUGGUGGAGCGCGCGCGGGCUUCGUGACAGCCGCGCGCUGUGUGAGUGUAACCGGUCCGCUUGUGUUGUGUUGUGUUCCGAAGCGCAGCUCGCAGACAUCAUCAUGCCUUCCGACAGACCCUUCAAACAAAGAAGGACAUUUGCUGAUCGUUGCAAAGAAGUUCAGCAAAUCCGAGAACAGCACCCCAAUAAAAUCCCGGUAAUAAUCGAGAGAUACAAGGGAGAAAAACAGUUGCCUGUGUUGGACAAGACCAAAUUCCUGGUCCCUGAUCAUGUCAACAUGAGUGAGCUGGUGAAGAUCAUCAGGCGCCGACUUCAGCUCAACCCCACACAAGCCUUCUUCCUGCUGGUGAACCAGCAUAGCAUGGUCAGCGUAUCCACACCCAUCUCAGAGAUCUACGAGCAGGAGCGCGAUGAGGAUGGCUUCCUCUACAUGGUCUAUGCCUCCCAGGAGACCUUUGGUUGCUAGGGAGUGAGUCCAGAAAUGGUGGGAGGUGUCUGAGAGGAUGGGGAAAAUAAGGCUGCAGCUGAAAACAUGUGUCCUCUCUGAACCCCCUGGGUGGACGUGAAUCAGAUGUCCCCAAGGGUAUUAAGCAGGAAAAGCUGCAACUGUCUUUGAUGACUUUAGUGUGUAUACCCUGCAAGUCCUUCUCUUUGUGUGCUGUUCAUAGAUGACGUGCAAUAGUUUUAUUAUCUGCUAUUGUAGGUAGAUUUCUGAUGGGUGUAGGGUAAAUACGGGGCCAGAGUUUUUUGUUUUUUUUGCUCUUGUUAUACUGUAUAUUGAACCACCAUGACUUAUGUAUUCUAUGGUGUUAACAGGAUGAUCUACUUCAGCCUGGACUCUCUUGCCUCUAAUCAAGACUUGUAUGAAGUCAGAGCUGCGACACAACCUGUUAAAUUUCAACUACUAGUCAUUUUUCAUAUUUGUUUUUCCAGUUAUUCUUCUAAAUGUAUGGUGUAUUCCUCCUUUAUAUUAAGUGCUUUUGUAUGUAGCUAAUGAAGUCUAGUGACAGAUUUAUUGAGACUAGGCAGUCAUAGCUAGCAAUUGUGUGUUGUAAUUGUAUGAAAACAUCAAACCACAUCAGAGCCCAUAAUUACUCUGCCCUUUCCUAAUACCACAGUGAAAUAUG